UUAAGGGAGGAAACGAGAAAGAAGAAAAAGAAUAACAGGAAAUACGUCAGGAGGAAAGGAGAGAGGAAAAGAAAGCAGGAGAGAGGGAGAGAAGUAGAGGAGGAGGGUGGAACGCGUGCGCGGGUGGGCGGGGAAAGGGGCGGGAGAGAGGACUACCCAGCUGGUCUUCACUCCGGCAACGCGGCCAGCAAGACUCGCAGCCGACCCGCCUCAGCUGCUGCCGCCCGAAGUCACCCUCGCCAACCAGCCAGCCCGUCAAGUCAGGCGAAGGGAGGCAUCUGCAUAUCGCGCGCUCGACCACUCCACUUCCCUCCUCUUCUUCUCUUCAGUCCGCGGCGUUCAAAAGUGAAGAGUCAGGAAGAGUUUUGAGAAUAAAGACUCGCCACGCCCCAUAGACUCCCUAUAGACUCAACUACAUAACCGGAUCCGAAAGAAAGACUGCAAACAUACAAAACGCAAGUGGAAUUGAAAUCUUGCCUCACGUUCUAAGUCUCUUUCUCAUUCUUUCGUUCAUUGGUGUUAAAAGACUCGCCACGGCCCAUAGACUCCCUAUAGACUCAAAUAUACGACCGGAUCCCAGAGAAAAGCCUUGAGAAACAUACAUUCCCAAGACGGUACAGAAAUAGAACUCCCUUGCUUUCGGUUCCUCGCGAGUUUUGCUUUUGCGUUCAUCGGCGUGGAAGGACAAGCCAGUCAGUUCGUUCUUUCGCUCUCUGGACGAGGAAGAGGACGACGAGGAAGAGGACGAAGAAGAAGACGCAGCGAGGACAACAAAGACUCGGUGCUGGAAAACUUGCCUCGCCUCGCCUCGCUACGGGAUAAAAAAAGAAAAGAAAAGCGAGAGUAAAAUAAAGGAAAAACGAGAAAAAGAGGAGGACGACAUAAAGGAGAAUCGUCCUGAAACUUGGCUGCAAAAGGGAGAAAAAAAAAGAGAGAGAAAGAAAGACAGUCUAGCUCUCUCUCACUCUCUCCCUCUCUCUCUCUAGUCAUCUUUCUCGCGCCUCAUUCUUUGCGCUCUUCUUUAUCAGCCUUCCCCUCCUCUUCUUUCUCCUCCACCUCCUCCUCUUCCUCCUCCUCCUCCCCAUUCCUCAUUUAAUUACUUUCUUUCACUUUUCGUCUUUCUUCUUCUUUUUCUCCUUUUUUUUCUCUCUCUCCUUCUCCACCUCCACUUUUGUCUAUCUUCUUUUCUCUCGACUUUCUCUUCACUUUCUAUUACUUUUCUCACUGCUAUUUCUUUUCUUCCUCCUUUUCUCUCCUUCGUCGUCUGCUUCUUCACAUUUAUUCCCUUUCUUUCCUCUCCUCUUUCAUCACCUUUUUCCUUUCUUUCUGAUUUCUUUCUCUUUUUCCUUCUCCUCCUCCUCCUCCUCCUCUUAGUCUUUUACCGCAUCCCUCUCCUCUUACUGCUCCUCCUCCUCCACCUUUCUUUUCUUCCUUUCUCUUCUCCUAUUCCCUCCUCCUCCUCCUCCUCCUCCUGCAGCCUCUCAUCUAUCCACCUUCUUUUCACUCGACUUUUUCCGCCUUCUACUUCUUCUCUCCUUUUCUCUUUUCCUCCUUGUGCUCCUUCUCCUCCUCCUCCUUCUCUCUCCGGCAACACCUCAUGAUGGGCGUCACAGCUGCUCUCCAUCACCUCCUCCACCAGCUCCUCCUCCUACAGCUCCUCCUUCUGAUCCUCCUCGUCAGUCAGCCGACCCAAGGUCUUCAGGAGGCCCUCAAAUCAGCCCCUUCAGCCAUAUCCGCCACGCCAUCCAAGAUCACGUGGGGCCGAGGUAACACCAACAAGGCUUACUUCGCCAGCGUGGCCAACACCAACAUAACGGUGAUGGUGGGUCAGCCGGCGAGACUUCCCUGCAGAGUCCUCAACCUGGAUAAGCGGGACUCAGGCACGGUCAAGGUGUCGUGGAUUCGUCAGCGGGACCUUCACAUCCUCACCGUCGACAUCUUCACCUACACGAGCGACGAGAGGUUCAAGGUCUUCCACCCCGAGAACAGCAACGCGUGGCACCUGGACAUCUCUUCUGUGACCUUCCGGGACUCAGGUGUGUACGAGUGCCAGGUGUCCUCCAGCCCCAAGAUACACCUGCCCAUACACCUCCACGUGCAAGUCCAGCAGGCGCGGGUGGACGGCCCUCCGGAGGUGUUCGUGCAGGAGGGCUCCACCAUCAAGCUGCUGUGCUAUGUCAACACCCGUGAGGAGGACCUGGGCACCCUCGCCUGGUACAGAGGCAACACUGAGCUCGACUACGACUCCCCGAGGGGCGGCGUAAGCGUGGAGAUCGAGAAGACACCAAAGUGUACCACCUCACGGCUCUUCCUGACACGGGCGACGAAGCAGGACUCCGGAAACUAUACCUGUGCACCCACCGAGGCCCAGCCCUCCACGGUGCUCGUCCACGUCGUCAGGGGGGAGGAGUCGGCCGCCGUGCAGACUGGCAGUUCGGUUCCCGCGCGGUUUGACGAGAGGCUUUUGUGCUGGUGCGUGCUGCUGCUGCUGGCCCACAGGUGACCGGAGACGUAGCCGGUGAAUCGCCAAGUCACGCCACAAUACCACCACACAACGUCAAGCCAUGGGAAGCAGCCGGCCUCCACGUGUUGAACGAUCUGACUCCUCACACUCUCUUCCUCUCUAUCUCUGUUCUCUCUUUCUCUUUUCUCUUUCUGGUCCCUUCUUUAUCAACUUUUCUUCUCCUCCCUCUUACUUACCUCACUUCUUCAUACUCUAACUUUUUCUUUUUUCUUUUCAAUGUUUGUUUUCUCUCUCUCUCCCCCUUCUUCCAUAUCCUACUUUUCCCUUUCAAUACCAUCCAGCAUUUCACUGAUCAAUUCUCCUAACCUGCUUUUUUCCAUGUUUUGUUCUCCAUUUUUUCCUCCCUUCCCUCAUCCAUCCAUCAUUCCAUCAUCAAUCAUUCUUUCCCUCGUUCCUUGUCUCUCCAGAAUGAACUGUAAUCCAUAUUUUUUUCAUCCGAUUAUUCCCAAAAUUUCGGUCACUCAACGCUAACCUGCUAUCCUUAAGUUUUCUCUUCCUCAUUCUCUCCAAUACAUCCAUCAUUCAGUCUCUUUCCCUGUCUUUUGAUACCGGCUUAUUUUUUUCCAAUCCUCUUUAUUCCCCUUUCUUUUCAUUAUCUCUUUGUAUCCACCUUAACAUUAUCACAUAUUUUCUCAUUCCCUUUCUUCUUCUAUGCCUGUUUAUUUUCUCCUUUCUUAUUCUACUGUUCUACUUUUCCCUCCUUAGCUCUCUAUACUACUUUUCUCUCUUUCUCUAUUCUCUUUCCAGUCACUUUGUAUCAACUUUUCUUCUUCUCUCUUUUACUUACCCCACUUUUUGAUACUAACUUUCUUUUCUUUUUUUUCAAUGUUUUUUUGUU